AUGGCGCAUUUCCGCGCUGGCAGGGUCGGGGCGGCGCGCCGGGUGUUCGACGAAAUGCGCGAGCGGAACGUGUUCACGUGGAACUGCAUGAUCUCGGGCCUGGUCAGGAACGGGAUGCUCGCCGACGCGCGCGGGGUGUUCAACGCGAUGCCGUCCAGGAACUCCGUCUCGUGGGCCGCGCUGCUGACGGGCUACGCGCGGCGCGGGAGGGUGGCCGAGGCCAGGGAGCUGUUUGACCGGAUGCCUGACCGGAAUGUGGUCUCAUGGAACGCAAUGAUCUCUGGUUACCUGCGGAACGGGAUGGUCGACAGGGCGCGUGAGCUGUUCGACGUGAUGCUCACGAUGAUCUCUGGGUAUAUGAAGAGGAAGCGGGUCCGUGAAGCGAGGGAGAUCUUUGACUGUGUGCCUUUGCCGCCGACUUCAGUGUGCAAUGCUUUGCUGUCUGGUUAUGCCGAACAUGGUUACUUGAAGGAUGCAGAGACCGGACCUUGUUUCUUGGAAUGCAAUGAUCACAGGAUACACACGGGCUGGGAUGAUGCAGCCAUAGUGCGUGGGUAUUUACAGAAUGGUGAUGUUGAUGCUGCAUGGAAGGUGUUCCAGGACAUACCUGAUCGUGAUGUCCUUGCUUGGAACACAAUGAUGGGUGGUUUUGUGGUGAGUGAGAGGUUGGAUGAUGCAUUGAGAUUGUUUGCUGACAUGCCUGAUAGAGAUCUGGUAUCAUGGAAUACAAUCUUACAAGGAUAUGUCCAACAAGGAGACAUGGAGAGUGCUACUACCUGGUUUAGGAGAAUGCCUGAGAAAGACGGGACGUCAUGGAACACAUUUAUCUCUGGGUACAAAGGUGAAGGAGCACUAAGUUUGCUGUCCGAAAUGACCCGAGGAAGAUAUAGACCGGACCAGGCCACUUGGAGCAUGGCUAUUUCUAUUUGCGCCUCUCUUGCUGCUCUUGGGUGUGGAAGAAUGGUGCACGUUUGCACGAUCAAAACCGGCUUUGAGCAUGAUGCUCUGGUGAUGAGCUCAUUGAUAUCUAUGUACUCCAAGUGUGGGCUAAUUACUGAGGCUUCCCAAGUUUUUGACCUGAUUGUGCAACGGGAUACAGUGACAUGGAAUGCCAUGAUUGCGACAUAUGCUUAUCAUGGUCUAGCUGCUGAAGCUCUGACACUCUUUGACAGGAUGACCAAAGAUGGGUUUAGCCCAGAUCAUGCAACGUUUCUGAGUGUGUUGUCUGCUUGUGCACACAAAGGGUAUCUAUAUGAAGGCUGCCACUAUUUUAGAAGUAUGCAACAACAUUGGAACUUGAUUCCAAGAUCUGAUCACUAUUCGUGCAUGGUUGAUCUCUUAGGAAGAUCAGGUUUUGUUCACCAGGCUUAUAAUUUUACCAGAAAAAUCCCUUCCAACCUUCAAAUAAAUGCAUGGGAGACACUGUUUAGUUCAUGCAAUGCUCAUGGGGAUAUCCAGCUUGGGGAACUCGUAGCAAAAAAUGUUCUUCAGUCGAGACCUUCUGAUGGAGGAAUGUAUACACUCUUGUCAAACAUAUAUGCUGCAAAGGGAUGUGGAGCAGUGCUGCUAGUGUUAGAGGUCUCAUGA